GCACGAGGCCGACCAGCACGCGACGUGGUCAGCGUGAGCACCGCGCACGGGCGCACCGCCCCCGUCUUCUGCACACGCCGCGAUCUCGACUCAAGCAACGCAGCGAGACGAGACCAAACCAUGGCGGCCAACCACCACCUCCGCCGCCUCGCCUCCGCGUCGGCCCCCGCUCUCUCCCGCCUCUCCAAGCCCCCUCCCUCGCCGCUCCUCCGCCCCGCGUUCUCCAGCUCCGCCUCCCCCGCGGAUCAGCCGCCGGCGGCGGCGGGCGCCGCUGCAGCCGAGAAGGGGGAGGCCCAGAGCGCCGUGAAGGAGGCGGACGAGGCGCAGGGCGGUGGUGCUGGCGCGCGGAAGGCGGGGGAGGAGGAGGAUGAUGACGGCGGCCUGGACAUAAACGAGGCAACUGGCGAGAUCGGCGGCCCGCAUGGGCCCGAGCCCACCCGGUACGGCGACUGGGAGCGCGGCGGCCGCUGCUCUGACUUCUGAGCAACCGCUGCCAACUGGGAGGGUAAAAACUUGCUCUCGGAUUCGUUCUAAGCUGUAAUCAUAAGGAUAUGGCAUGGGCAUGGCAUGGUGGUUCUGUUUUACUCUGCUGGGGGAAUAAAUCUUGUUGUUAUACUGAACAUGAUUCUGAAGUUUCAGAGUACUGUACCAUCUUAGCAUGUAUCUAAGCUUUCUAAGUUCUCUCUC